AUGGCGUGGCAUUGCUCGUCAACGACGAAUGCGGGGAUGGUGGCUGCACUGCAGCGCGAGGGUCUCAUCAAAACACCCGAAGUGAUUGAGGUGAUGCGCCGUGUGGACCGUGGCUGGUUCGUGCGCAACCCCAAGGAUGCUUACCGUGAUCAGCCUCUGCCCAUUGGUUUCGGCGUCACCAUCAGCGCGCCACACAUGCAUGCUAUCAUGUUGGAGCUGGUUUGCCCGUCUGUGCUGCGCCACAAGAAUCUGGACCGAGCCCGUUGCCAAUCGCUGCGACUGCUGGACAUCGGUAGUGGAAGCGGCUACAUGACGGCUGCCUUUGCCGCGCUGUGUGAGGCGGUUUGGCGAGACAGUGAGCCGCCUACCUUUGAGGUCGUCGGUAUCGAGCACGUGCAGGAGCUCCAGAAGCAGUCAAAGCGUGUCCUCGAGUCGCACUUCCCUGACUGGAUCCGCGAGCACCGCGUCACGCUGCUGCAUGGAGACGGACGAAAGCCUCGCUCCAUCGCGGGUCUCGGAGAGGAGAAAGGUGAAUGCUUCGACGUCAUACACGUCGGCGCCACCGCGCCGAAGACUCUCGUGCCCGAGUACCUAAGCCUUCUCCGGUGCGGUGGUACCCUGGUGAUCCCCGUUGGUAGCCCGGCCGAGGUGCAGGAGUUACAGGUGUUCACGAAGGGCGAUGAAGGCGCUUUCACGAUGCGACGGGCGUGUCACGUGCAGUUUGUGCCGCUUACAUCUCUACAUGCCCAGCUCGAUGGCGACGUGGCGACGCGCACGUAA